UUUCAUGAUACUAUUGAUAUUUUCAUCUAUUUAUUUUCUGGCUAAACGUUAGAGGAUGUAUUAAUCCAAUAGUCGUAACUUUAUGUAAAAAAUUAAAAUUUAUAUUGCUAACUGAUUAAAGGAAAACUAUCUGACAAAACUCAUGAUGCAAUAUUAAGUCACAACUGUUACCUAAAUAUCUUAAGUUUAUAGUUUAUAGUUAUAGUGUAUAAAAUUUAUACUAGUAUUUACUAGACUAAGACUAGACUAUAUUUUAUUAUUUUUAUAAUAAUAAUAUAAAAUAUAAACUACACUUCAAUAAAACUAACUGACUGGUCACUUACUUAACUUAAGUUUUUUUAGUCUUUAGUAAAACUAAAGAGUCCCAGUGAACUCUGAGGCAACGGAUGGUGUUACUUUUAUUUAUAAGAAUCAAGAAGGUUAGGGCCUAAUCUUUAUUUUAUAUUAAAUUACAAACUUACUGUUGAGCAAGGAUGUGCAAAUUAAUCAGAAAUGUUUGUUGUCAAUAUCCUUCUUCAUGAAAUGGGACACCUUAUAUAAUAUGAGUACUAUGACUAUGAUGCCCUUUCCAAGACUCACAACCAAAUCAAAUUGGCUGAGAAUCAGAACUUGAAAUUGAAAUAAAAAUUAUCAAAACCAGGUGAGAUGCCAUAGAAAUAGAUAAACUAUUAAAAUUAAAACACAUUGGUCUUGUUAAAAUUUUGAGUUAGCGGUACGAACUUUGCCCAAAGUGCAGUGACGUUACAUAGGGGAAUCCCAAAACUUAACUAUUGUGGACCUUAACAAUGUGUGUGAUAACUUUCCCAUUCUUUACUGAGCAUUACUUGUGUCAUAAACUAAAGCUGACAAUCAAUAAGUUAAUAUGAAGUAAAUUAAAAUGAAAUUUCACAUUCAUUUUUUUAUUUGAAUUCAACUUACAAGUUAAAAAAUAAAUGAAAUAGAAACACAUCCUUUCUCAGUUUCUGAUGCCAUAGAUGAAAAACAGUGGGAAAAAAAAAGACCUGCGCUAAAAGUGCAGUCUUUUAAUUAGUUGAAAACCGAAGUAACCAUACGCUAAAACUUGGGAAACAUCAGGGAGACUACUACGUAGUUAAAUAAGUUACAAUUUAUUUAUCAUUGCAUAACAUUGUUAAAAUUACUUUUUAAAAUUUGCAUUACCGGUACUCCUGAAAAUAAAAGUCAUAUAAAAUUAUAAUAAAAACGAGAGUUAUAGAUAAUAGUGCUUGAUUCAAAUAGCUGAACUGGGUCACAGAAUGUGGAAAUACGGUCCACUGUAAAACCAAAACUACCAAAGAAGUUGAUUUUGGUUUCAUUUAUUAAUUUAAAGUUUGCUCUGUUAUAUUGUACUACUUUGAUAAUUUUUUUAUUCUUAAGUACCUAAUCAUUUCUAUCAUUUCAUGGGACAUUUUACCAUAGUUUUGUGGGGAGGGGAGAAUACGCAGCUAUAGAUGGAAGUUGAGCUGUGUGAACCUCCAUGGACUAUAUAUCAUGAUACACAUCGCCGGCCUUACAGCUAACCUAAUAUCCCCCAAACACCUUUAGGCCUUAUUUGCUUAGAAAAAGUGCCCCUUUCUUAUACUAAGACUAUAAUAGACUAUAUUGCUUCUUUAAUAAUCAUCUUAAUUUUAAAACUGAAAUGCGUAGGCCCUAUUAUAGGCCUACUGCCUAUUUCUAUCAGCUAUAGGCUAAUAGAAAUUUCUCAAUUGCUGGGGGUGGGUGCAGAUGUCCCUGGGCUCCAGACUAGUUAGGGGUGCCAAAAUGUGCUUUGAUAUUGUUUUAUUAUGAAAAUAAUGGGUUUUUAGAGUUGAAAAAUGAAAGGGAGGAGCUUUAAAAUGAAUCUUGUCCUCGGGUGCCAAACACUCUAGCCACGCCUCUGGUCUAGGCCUAUAGUGACGUCACUGCACCUAGGGUGAGACGAUAAAAUUCUUGGCAAAACCCAUACUGCUUACCCAAAAUUUAACCUAGGCCCAUUCCCAGCACCGCUCAGCUGUUCAAAUAAUUUUUGCCUUUGAUUAGGCCUAUACCAGGGGCGGCAACCUUUUGUUAAGUGAAGAAGUCAAAUAAGGAACCAUUUUUAUAAAUUUUAUCUGCAAAUAAAAUAUUUUUUGGAGCUUAAUGAUUAGGCCUGUAGAUUAGUGGGAAGAAAAAGAUCAGCCUUUAUUGUUUCAAAAGCAGAUUGCUGAUCACUGUUCUAUAUUGCCUAUCCUUAUACAUAUGGUUGUUUUAAAAAAUAAUAAAAUACAGUGGCAUUCCAUUAUUUAUAAUCACAUAGUAAAUAAAUUUAAAGUUACAAUUUUAAAUACUUUUAAUGGUCUGAUGUAAAUUAAUUGUAAGACACUUUCAAUUUUGAAUAUAAAAAAAAUUGUUCAAUAGAUCUUCAGUUUUAUUUUGUUUAUGUAUCGGAUAAUUUGUAGUUUUCUUUUGUCUGCAAUUAGAAACAGAAAAUGUGUGAAAAGGAUGAUCAAGAAGAGAAAAAACUCUACCAUGAGCGACAAGUAAAGGAGUUAUGUGCCUUGCAUGCUCUUAACAAUCUUUUACAAACAAAGCAAGCAUUCACUAAAAGGGAUUUGGAUGAUAUUUGCAAUAGGUUAGUAAUUCAUCAAUUUCCCAUUAUACUGUAAAGAAUGAAGGAAUAAGUAAUAAAUGGAUGCGGUAUAAAAAUGUUGCUAUCAUACUACAUAUUUAUAAGCUCAAAGUAAAUUUAUUAAAUGAUCUGUAUUUUGAUAUAUCCUCCUUUAUUUACUUUUGAUGCUGUAAGGUUCCAGGCUAAAGCUGUCAUUAAAUUGAGUUUUAACUCAGUACCUGAUAACAAUACUAUUCUUUGGAACAAAGAAAAACUCAAGGGUCAAGGCCCCUAUAUAUCUGCUCCCACUCUAUUAGGAGGACAGAGUAUUCAAUGAAACUAUUGUUCUUUAAGCUACAACUUUUAUAAGUCUUCUGCCAUUUAGAUGAGUAAAGGCUGCUCUUAAUAAGUGUAGUGCUUAUGCUAUUUUUUAAGGUGGACAGCUGCGGCGGCCUGAAUAGUCAUCUAGACAAAUAUUUUUUUUAUGAAAGCUAAUCAGGUGAAAGACGGAGAAAUGAAAUGAUUUUUGCUCCUUAUUCUUACAAAUUGCAUUGUCCUAACUUACAAAGAUAUUAUUAUUUCAAAAAUUGAUUUUAAGUUUUUAAUAAAUAGCUUAAAUAAAAUCAUAAGCACCAAUAUUUUUUUUUUUACUUAGGCUUUCUCCUGGCUCUUUUAUCAACCCACAUCGCAGCAUGCUUGGUCUUGGGAAUUAUGAUGUGAAUGUUUUAAUGGCUGCUUUGCAAGAGAAAGGUUAUGAAACUAUUUGGUUUGAUAAAAGAAAGUAAGUUACCUGAAUUUUUAUAGUUGUCUUCUUCCUUAUAGCUAUACUUAUGGUUUAUUAAGCCUAAGGAAUUUUACAUUUUGAAUGUAUGUAGGCUGCAUAUUUUCGUUUUUAAAUGUACUAAGUUAACAAGUUUUGAAACCUAAAUUGACCAACAUAAAUGGCACUUGUUAGUUUACAGUUAUAAGCCCCUUGAAAGUAUGGUGAUAAUAAAUAAAAAUAUCAUGAGAGAUAUUUAGUAUUCUGAAAAUUUCAGAUUUAUAUUUGGCAUAACUGGGUUAAACUGAUACAGUAAUUUGUAAUUUUGUAAUUUACUAAUUUGUCCACCUAUGAGUUUGAAUUUUUUUUUUUUACAGGGAGGUUGAGGUCUUAGUUACUGACAACAUUAUGGGCUUCAUUUUAAACACACCAACUGAUUACAAGCUAGGCUUUGUCAAGUUGCCCAUUCAUCGCAAACACUGGAUUGCUAUUAGAUGGCUCGAUGGCCAGUAUAUGAAUCUUGAUUCAAAGCUAGAGGCACCUCUUGCUAUUGGUGAUAAGUUUAGUUUGCUGGAGUAUUUAAGGUCAGAGCUAAAAGAUGGGGAAAAAGAGCUUUUAUUGGUGGUAGAACAAAAUGUCUAUGAAAAUUCAUCAUGGCGGAGAGAUAGUGAGUGUUUUGUUCGAGACCAAAGUAGAAAUAGAAAAGAAGAGAUGUUUUCAAAUUGUCACACUGCCAAAUGCCACAAUGGCACUUCAUCAGUGAUGAAAUCUGAAAAUGAUUCUUCCAUAAGAGGGAGUAAAGUAGAAAAUGGCAAUGUGAUAUGUGAUGAUAUGGACAUUCAGGAAAGCACCAAAAAACUUAAGGCAAGCUGACAAGCUACAGGACUAGGAUAUAUAAUCUUUUUAUUGAAGUCAGUUGUUUUAGUUGAUGUGACAUAACUUAAAUUUUUCUAAUAAAUUUAUGUACACUUAUAUAAUGAUUAUUGUCUACGGCUGUUCUAUACUCUAAGCAUUUAUGGUUUAAAUUAGGAAUAGUACGUUGUGAUUCACAAUAUUUCUUUGGAAGAUUUUGUUUCCACAUAUAUAGACAUAAGAUAAGAUUCUUUUAUUGAUCCAAACAAAUGGAAAUGUUUUUUGAUUGCAUUGUACAUUUUCACAUAAAUAAAACAAUUUGAACACAUAAAACAAUUUGCCACCUUGCUUAAAGAUAUUAAAUACCAGAAUAUCUCUUUGAAUCUAAAUGUAUUAUACAUGGGGCCCAAGGACUGGUUCAGAAGUCCUAAAUGUAAAAAAGUAAGAAUUCCUGACUGUAAAAAGUAUUAUAUAGUAUCUUUAAAAUAAAUCCAAAGUAAGAUAUUUUUCUAGAAUAUGCAAAAUGAGAUCUUAUUUUUGUAAUAUUUGUUGAUGCUUUGAAUUUUAUUGAAACUUCUUAUUUAACUACUAUUAUCUAAUGUUUUAAUUUGAUAAUUAGCAGAAGCUUUACUUUGCACUGCCAUUGAAAUCUUUAUGGAGAUUUUAUAGGGCAAGGUUUACUUUGUCUUCUAUUGCUUGCCAUUGAAACUUUUUGAAUAGCUUAAGACAAUUUAUUGGUAAAGUGCUCAUGUGGCUGUUUCAUUGGCUUUGAUUUAUUUGAAUGAGUGAAUGAUGUUUCCCAUGAAGGCCAGUAUUAUGCUUCAACACAAGCCAAACUGGCUAUGUUUUGGGAACCAUAUAACAAAAUUGUGGCCCGUCACCAGUCAGUUUUUUUUUGUUGUGCAAUAACUUGUUUUCCACAAUGUGUCCACUUUAUACCGGUACAAAAUAUUACAAAGAUGCUCUACAAUUGAUGUCUUAUUUUUGUGCGUUCAUGUUAUCCAGCCUAUUUUUAAACAAUUUUUUUUUAUAAACAUUCUUAGUUCUUUCCUUUGCUAAAGGCAGCAAUUAUUUGUUUAUUCUCUUAGCAUUUUCUUUGUGUGUAUGACCUGAAACACAAUGCAAAACUUGCUUGUAUUUAAAUUUGUGCGAUUUUAAGUUCAAUCUUAAAAAUUUUAUUUUACUGUUUUAUCUCAUUCAGCCAUGUUAUCUAAUAAUGGUUUCAAUCGUGUUCAUUUACACUUAUGUAGAAGUAAACCCACUUUGUUGCAAUGUCUCCAUGAUGUUUAGACAGACUGUAAAGAACGCAACACUUUUUUUAUGGAAUAUCCUUUACAGAGUGUCAAAUGUGUUUAGUUUUCUGUUAAUGUUUUAUCUGGUUGAAUUGAUGGUCUGGGAACAAAAAUAAUUUGACUGUUUAAAUUUAUAUUAAUUUAUUAAUCAAUCAAUUUAAAUCCUCACUGUCAAAGUCAUAGUAUAGGGAAUAUUAACUAUCAUUCAGAUAUGAGACACUGAGAUGUCUGCAAAACUGGUCUGAAAUGACAGACCCAUUAGGCAAUAGGAAGGUUGUUACACUGUUAUAGAAUCAAAGAACUAGGAAACAAAUGUCUGCUAAAAUAGUGCUGCUGUGACAUUGCUGAGUCAUAGUUACCUCCUGACUGGAUAACCUGUGCUUUACAAUAAUGAAGAUAUCACUUUGUGAGCAUUUUUCAAGACACUACUUUGCCUCAUUUUAAACUAAAGAUUCAAAGCCAAUAGAAGUAAAGAGAAGCCAUUACCUUUUUAAGCAAAUCUUUGUUUUUUUAUAUAUUUUUUAAAAAGUUUAGUUCAAGAGUGUACUGGUAUAACUGCUUGAAGAGCUCAUAAUAACCUCAUGUAUAUUGAAUAAACUGGAAUAUAAUACAUUGCCACAGGUUCUUCCCCCCCCCCCUUCUGGGAAAGUCCCAUGUGUCAUCCAACCCCACCUGAGUACCCUUGGCAAUACUUUGGCCAACCAACAAUACCUAAUGUGGAUUAAUUUAUUAAAUGAG